UCCCGCCCGCCACACCGGCGGCACGAACUAGGUAAACGGGCGGCUCUGUUGAGCGUCUGCGUUACCUGGCGCACUCAAGAAGGCUCAAACAAUUGUUUUUUCAACUGUCAUUGUUCUAUUUGUGGCUCAACCAGUAACCCGACGGGUUCUACGUCGAAAAUCAUGAAUAUUCAAGUUUGGCCCCUCCCCCCUCUACUACAGAAGGAAAUCUCGCCCACCGUUCAUGGCCGUUCAUGUGAACAGUCGUGUGCACCGUUCAUUAGCUAACUAAAAGAAGAAUAUUCCGAAAACAUGGCACAAUCAGGCAAAGCAACCCCAUCAAGGACAUCAACUAGACAGAAAGUUGGAGAGAUUGGUGACGACAAACAGGAUGAAAAUAAUUCUGAAGGCCAGACUGAUUCUUCAGCAUCAACAGAGGUAGCUGCCCCUACUCCACAGGUCAUCUUUUCCCCAGAACCUGAUGCUAAUGAGGAUGGAGACAAAGUAGCUCCCAUUGAAGAUGAUGUUACAGAGAACAAGGGGGAGGUCAAAGAUGUCCCAGCGGAGCAGAUGGACACAACUCCUGCUGCUGAGGAGGAAACUGUUCAGGUCACCUUUGAGUCAGAAAAUGCCAUCGAAGAUGCCAGUAAUGUUGAAGAGAAGACCAAUGGAAAUGACCAGGCUGUUGCAGUAGCUCCAGUAAAAAGGAAAGCAGAGGAUGAGACUUCUUCAGCGAAGAAAACAAAGUGCAUUAAUGAUGGUUUUUGUCUUUUUGUUGGUAACUUGAACACAUCCAAGGAAGUGGAGGAAAUCAAUGAUGCCUUGGCCACCUUUUUUACGUCGCAUAGUCUGUUAUUUCAAGCUAUUCGAGUGGACAUAACAAAGAAAUUUGCAUAUGUAGACUUUAACACAGAGGAAGACUUCACAAAAGCCCUUGAGCUGGAUAGGGUGAAGAUCCUGGACCAAAAGAUAAGGCUGGGCAAGGCUAAUGUCAAAGACGUCACAGCAGAGGAAAAAAAAGCUAAAGAUGCCAAGACCUUGUACGUCAAGAAUAUCUCAUUCGCAGCAACAAAGGAAGACUUGAAGAAAGUCUUUGACACGGCUGUCGAAAUCAGGUUUCCUAGAGGCAUUGGUAGACCAAGCAAAGGAAUUGCCUACAUAGAGUUCAAAACGGAGGCCAUUGCUGAGAAAGUGCUGGAGGAGAAGCAGGGGACUGAUGUCCAAGGCCGUGUCAUCGUUAUUGACUUUUUGGGAGAAAAGAGCCAACAACAAAAAAUGAUCAAUCCUCCAGCUGAGGCCACACCGAAUAACGAGUUAUUGGUGACAAACCUGGCUUACACUGCAAAAGAGGAUGCCCUAAGGAAAAUCUUUCUCAAAGCAGUCAGUGUCAGAAUACCACAGAGCAGUGGCAAACCAAGAGGUCAUGCCUUCAUUCAGUUUGAAAGUGUGGAGGAUGCCAAAGAAGCCAUGGAAUUAUCGUUAAACAAAGAGAUUUGUGGAAGAGCCAUCGGAGUAAAGUUCAGCCAGAAGAGGCCAGAAGGUGACCAAGGGAACUCAGUUCCUUCAAAGACGUUGAUGGUCAGGAAUCUUGCCAAGGAGACGAGCGAGGAGACUUUGAAAAGCUCCUUUGAAGGUGCCAUUGAAGCUCGAGUCACUAAAGACAAGGAGACUGGUGAAUCUAGAGGGUUUGGCUUUGUGGACUUUGAGAGCAUAGAGGUCUGCAAGGCUGUUAAGGAGUCUGUGGUGGACCUUCAGAUUGACGGAAGCAAGGUGACCCUGAUCUAUGCCACGCCCCAAGGUGAACGAGGACCUCGUGGAGAAGGAGCAGGCUUCAACAGGAGCUUCAGAGGGAAACCCGGAGGCCGAGGUGGCGGUAGAGGCAGGGGCAGGGGUGGAGGCUUCAGGGGUGGACGAGGAGGCAGAGGAGGAGGAGGUGGUGGCGGUGGAAAGAGGACUUAAAACAGCAAAUAUCUUCUUUUUUUUUACUAUGGACUGCUGCAACUGAGCUCUAAUUCAACAUCUGAAUUAACUGACAAGCUUGUAAUGGGCAUCUAUCUCUAAUAAUUUCAAUAAAACAAACUAAUUUGUUCGUAGUUUAAAUGAUUUAUGUGAAAAGAUUCUACCACGUUGUUCAUACUUAAUGAUGUAAUGUCUUACACACGUACCGUAUGUGUAACAUUUUGUUUGUCUGUAUUCCAUUUGACUUUAGUUUACCUUUUAAUUGUUAAUUUCUUGAUUAUGCAAAUACUAUAUUGAAGACUGAGUAAUUAAAAGGUUCCCAAAUUUAA